AAUGGCCGGCGCCAACGAUUGUUUCAGCAUCGGGAGUACGGUGGCCUGUAAAACCUGUUACAAGGAGGAGAUCGAAGGCGAGGUGCUAGCAUUCGAUCCACAAACUAAAAUGCUAAUCCUAAAAUGUCCGUCGUCCAGCGGAGCACCAACAUUAAACGAUGUACACAUAGUAAAUUUAUCCUUGGUAUCAGAGGUCCAAGUAAAACGGGAAGUUAGCCCUACGACUAGUGAACCACCACAAAGCCUUAAUUUGCAAAAGUUGAACAGAAGAGUACGUAAUCAAAUUGAAGAGAAGAAAAAGCUGGUAAUGGCUCUGCAGGCCGGAGUAUCUCCAGAGGGACAAAAACUCUUCAGUACUAUAUCAAAGACUAUACCAGAAAUUACGUGGAAUGGAGCAAAUAUUGUUGUAUUUGAUAAUGUUACAAUUAGACCACCAUAUAAAGUUGACAAUGUGCAUGGAAAUGCGGAGUCUGGAGCAUAUAAACAUGUAAAGAAAGUGGUUGAAAAACACAUUAAAGAUACUGAAGCAUUGCAACAGGCACAACAACAGCGGGAACCGCAACCACCACAAAAACAGAAAGGAGAAGUUCCAGUCUUUGAGGAAAAGUAGGAAAUGAUGAUACAAGAAACAAGAUACUAAGAAACAAAAAAGCCACUGCAGAACUACUACAUAAGCCUAUCAAGAAAACCAGCAUCAUAGAUUAAGUUCAAAUUUAUUUGAAUACAAAAGCACUUCAUGGAAAUCAAGUGCUAAUCAAUUACCGGAAUUUUAAAUGAGUACCAAACGCAUUAAUAAUAUCGUAUGAGCAGCAUUUUGUAAAUCAAUAAAACACACCGUACUCCAGUUUUAGCAAAGAGCAUAGUCUCUGACAAAGGAUGCUGUUUAUUUUAUCUAACAAGCUGCCAUACAACUUUAGGUUCUGCUGGAACUAUUGUUCAUACAUGUGCUCUGAUGCAGGUGUGUUUUAGUUUAGUUUAACAUUGUUACAAAAUACGUUUAAUAGUUGUUUACAGAUUAUUGAUGUACAUGAUGGUAGUAUGAUUCGAUUGCCAUACGAAUAUCAACUUUUUAAAAAAAAAAAAAGAAAAACAAAUCGGUCAUCGUGGUAUGAUUUAAGCCCGUAUGAAACGGUUCAAUAUAUUUUUAACUACUACCGCAAGUGGAAAAAUAACAAAUGAUCAACGAAAAUUUUCAUACGCGAACUAUCCGACUUCGAUACUGGUUAAAAUCUUACGUUCACUCGCUGAUUGUAAUACCUUUUUUUAAUACGCUCUUAUAAUACUGUCGAUCUCUUGGAAUUUGUAAACGAAAAAAGGAGAAGGAAAACGUAAACACUACACCUGUUCGCGCUUGCGUCGGCACGAGAUGUCUUCAGUCACAAUACAAUAUUGUAAGAUGAAAGAAGGUUCUCCUUGCAUAGAGCAAGCUAUAAAAUUGUUAUUUAAAAAAAAACAUCAGCCUUGAUUUAUGCAAGGGCAACCUAUUCUUCUAAUAAUAAAGUUAGAAGUAAUUUCAUUUACAAUGAUAAAUUACAGAAUUCAUCUCGUGCCCUUUACUUUCGAUCGCGAAGAAAAUAUGACAGA